AUGAGGAAAAUUAUAUCUAUCAAUUUUUAUGUGACUCUUAUAGCAUUAUACGCAUUUUACAAUAAUGCUUUAUGCCAAGUAGAAACAAAUGGAAAAAAGACAUCCCUAAGAAAUGGAAAUACUUUAGGUUGGUCUUCAUUGCACCAUGUAAUAAAUAAUAUAGACACACCGAAAAAUAUAAAUUCCGGUAAUUCUGAGCAUCAGGGAAAUAAACCCCAAGAAACGAAACAAUCUAAUGCUGAUGGAAAAAACUCCAAUGAUGUGAUUACCCCAACUGAUUUAUCACUGGUAAUAGAAAAUGGUAAACGAAAUGGAGAUAGCAAUUCACACACAGAAGAGAAAAAAAUAGAAAGCACAUCUAGAAAUAAUUUACCUAAUGGUUCACAAGAAGAUGCUAAGACAAUUAGUAGUCAGACGAAUAAUGCCCAGCCCACUGAUAACAAAAAAGAAGAUGCAGUUCCAACCGCUUCAAAAAAUAUAAAUGGCAAUACACUGGUUCAUCGGCAAGAAAAUAAUGCGAAUCCAUCUUCAAAAGUAGAAAGUGAAAGCGCAUUAACGAAGUUAGAAGAAGUCACGCCUGAAAAAAAAAGCGCAGAAAAAAAUAACGAACUAGAUGCAAAUGCUUCUAAGGUACCAGUAAAUACAGGGAAUGAAACUAACACAAACAAUAGCAUAGAUGGUGAACAAGCAAAUGACAAAGAAAUAACUAGUGAAAAUAUAUCAAAACCGGGUUCCCAGGAAAAAUUACCAAAUAUAGAAGUGAAUUCUGAGAUCAAUAAAAAUGAAGAUAAACCAACAAAUGCAGAUAUAAAUGCGCAAGAUAAGGCAGAAGGGGAGAAAAAAGACCCAUCGAAUAAUGGGAAUAAUAAUGGAGAACAACUUAUUCCAAAUGAACAAUUAGAAGGAACAAAUACACCAGACAACGCAAAGAACAAAGAAAGUGAAAACGAGAAAAAUGAUGCUAAUAAUCAAAAUCUAAAUGACAAAAAUAAUUUGGGAUUAGAGCGUGAUAUAGUAAAGAAUAUAUAUGAAUUUAUAAUAGCUGAACUUCCAAAAGAUAAUGUUUUUACAAAGAGUACCGAAGAGGCGGGUAAAAAUAUAAAUAAUAAUGAUAAAGAUUUAGUAAAAAAUGCGGAGAAAAAUGUUGAAAAUGAAAAAAAAGAAGUAAUAAAUGAACAGCCAAUAAAGAACCAAGGAGAAAUAAAUAAUAAAAAUGAACCUAAAACAGAAGGAAAGGAAACAUUCCCAUUUAAUAGUGCCAAUAUUCAUAAUUCAUUUAGUAAGAUUGUUGAUAAUAUUAACGCUGCACAAAAUGACGGUAAUACAUUAUUGAGUAAUAUAGUAAAUUUAUUUAGUAAUCCCGGUUUUAUUUCAAAUGAUGUAAAAAAUUUCGUAAAGGACGCAGUUUAUUUGUUUUCAGCUUUUUGA